CUCCUCCCUAUCCAGUUGUCACUUCCUGUGGCAGGAAAAUAAAGCCCGAUGCUGCCGCUGGGACUGUGCAAAGUUCGGGAGAUAGCGGGGACAGUGUUGUAGCCUGGUUGCUGGGAAAGGGAAGGAGAGGGAUUGCUGUUGGGAAGGGGAGCCUGGCUCUCCUGCACGAACACACCGGGGGGAAGAAGCGGGGUUUGCUGCACGGCUCCUCUGUGCCGAGAUAUGGGGGCCCGGCUCCUGUUCCGUGCUAUCAUUAUGGGCCCUCCCGGCUCGGGGAAAGGGACCGUGUCCGAGCGCAUAGUCAAGACCUUCGGACUCAAGCACCUGUCCAGCGGAGAGCUGCUGCGAACCAACAUCGAUAAUGAGACAGAGUUUGGUUUAUUAGCCAAGUCCUUUAUUGAUGAGGGAAAGCUGGUACCAGAUGAUGCAAUCACUCGAAUCAUACUACAUGAACUGAAACAAAUGACCCAGUACAGCUGGCUGCUUGAUGGGUUUCCCAGGACACUCCCACAGGCAGAAGAGCUACAUAAAGUUUACCAACCAGACACUGUAAUUAACUUGAAUGUGCCAUUUGAGACAAUCAAAAAGCGACUGACAUCUCGCUGGAUCCACCCAGGCAGUGGUAGAGUGUACAAUACUGACUUCAACCCUCCGAAAGUAACAGGAAUUGAUGAUCUCACUGGUGAACCUUUGAUUCAGCGUAAUGAUGACAAACCAGAAACUGUCACUUUGAGACUCCAGGCGUAUGAAGAACUAACACAGCCAGUUUUGGAAUACUAUCGAAAUAAAGGCAUUUUAGAAGUCUUCUCGGGAACAGAGACCAACAAGAUUUGGCCUGAAGUGCAGGCUUUUCUCAGCAAGAAGAUACUAACAAUUUCUUAAAGCAAAGAGUGCAGCUGCGAGACAAUGGUACAGAAUCUGGUGGCACCUUGACUGAUCAUCUAGCCAGCUCUAGAAGGAAGAAAAUUUGAAAUGGUCUUUUAAUUGCAGUCUUAAAAGAAAAUUGAUGUGAACUUUUAAAACGAGUAUUUCUCAGAAAUACAAAUAAUUUUUCAAAAAUUUUAAAACAUUUUUCAUGUCUGACCAGAGUAAACCAGCAAAAUGUUCUUAAUUGAGAAUUGCAAAAGGUUUGUUUACAUAGCUGAUCAUUUGUUGUACAAUUGAUACUUAUUUUUAAGUGACCAAAUCUUGACACAACUGAUUUAAAAUGCACUUGGAGGGGCAUGCUCUGAAUGGUUAACUAGAAACAUUUUGAUUUGGGCACUUUUUUUUCCAAACAAGAGAGGAAGAAAAAAUAAGUUUUUACUUAUUAUCAUGUUGAUAGCUGUGAACUGCAAGUCAGUUGGUUGAUUGAACAUGAGGCAAGUGACUCUCCGACAGUCAACCAAUCCAUUUUUCUUUCUGAUUUUGGCUUCUGUGGAAUUUAUAAACUAAAAUCCAGUACAGCACGCGAUAUAAAGUUCUUUGGUCAUUCAGAAGUAUCCUUAAUCAUGUCCAGUGGUGUAGCUUCCUUUUGUGAGUGGAUGUACAGUACAGUAUUUGUGCGUCUGACCAUACCAGACUAACCAAGUGCUAAUGGGAACUGUUGGCACGCCAUGCAUACAAACAGUAAAUGCACAGAGGGGUGCUGUGGACUGAAGAUGGGGAGCUGUGAACCCUCAUUUUUCUGUGAAACAUUUCCAGUAUUUUUCAUUUUAAUUUCAAAUUCCAAUACAUGCAGUGUGUUUCUUGAGUACAGCAUAAUUCUAUAUCAGAUACAUAAGGUGUAGCAGGAACGUGUUUUUCUCUUAAUAUAGAGAAAGCAGCAUAACGAAGUGUGUUUUAGUACCUGGAGAAUUAAAUCUAAGUACAUAUAAAAGGGAAAUGGUAGUUUAGAGUAAAAUGGUAAAAUUUUAGUAGAAUUGUUUAAAACAUGUUUUGGAUGAAGGCCAGUCACUAAUUUUGUUCUUGAUAAAUUAAGUUUCAUGGCAAGAAAUAAUGAGAGCUGUGUAUUACUGAAUUGUGUUAACUGCCCAGCUGUAUAGCUUUGAAAUGAAGCAUCAAAAAAUGUUACUUCUAAGGAAGGCAGCCUAUGAGUGACCUGGUCCAGCUAAUUUACACAAAUGCUGCAUUUUGGGGAAAGCGGUUGCUUAGUUGCCAAUCUAGAUUGUACCAGUUGCUCCCAAACUUUGAGUUCUCUUUAUAGUUCCAGUUUCCUAUCACAGCAGGAAUCAUCUGAAAGCAAUGAAAAGUAUUUUGAGGCUUUCUGUCCUAUGUGUCAAUGAAAUGUCACUUCUUGAUGAGUCAGGUGGUUUAGGUCUGAUGCUUCCUCCUGCUAUAUGCUGGUCAUCUGCUAUUGUAAACAAAAACACUCAGGAUAGUGACAUUUAUAGAUGUCUAUUCUUUUGAGUACUCCAGGAGUAUAUAGAAUGAACACAACCACAGGACCAUGCAUUCAGAGAUGCAAGUUUUGUUGUGGAAUGUAAAAUCUUGCUGGACUUUGGACUUACAAAGGGACGUGAUUUAUGCUGUAAUAUUUUAAUCUGGAAGUAUUUCAAUUUUUGGCCUGGUUUUCUUCUUGCAAAUAAAAUCUAAACAGUACACCAUCCUAUGAACUCAACAAAAUCUAUCAAACUUGCUCUUAAACUUUAAUUGGCUCAACAUUCCCAGGUUUGAGGGAAGAGAAUUCAAAAUUUUUUCAACUCUAUCUGUGAGAUUUAUUUAAUUAGUUGAUCCAUUUGGAAUGAAAUCAAGAUUAGCCUCCCCUUAUUCUAGAUUCUGCAAUCGGAAGAAAUAAUCUCGCUGCAUUCACUGUAUCUUUCAAAUUCUCUUAUCAUCUACACUCUGACGUAUUCAUCUACUGUUUUGCACUAAAGAACAUUGUAUCUCAGUGUUUAUUUCAUGGUGCAAUUUUCCGUCUUCAUUGUCGAUACAUUUGACUUUAGCUACUCAUGAGUGCUAUUCAAAUUCAUUCUAUUCUUAUCAAGAAAGGAAGGCACAGGCUAAAAAUCAAAAGAUGCAUAAUUAAAAGAAAAACCAACAUUUUUAAAUAUUACUAAGGUAGAAGGCAUCUUGGACCUUACUGGUUAGAUACAGGAACCUUUUGUCUUCAGACUUCCUUCAUUUUAUGAAUGAUUUUGAAAAGAGAAAUGAAAGAUUAGUCAAACUAAACUGUUAUUGAAUUACCUAUGUCAUGCUAUGAUAAAUGUUUACGUACAAUUAGAUCAAUAAAAAUCAAAAAGGUGUCUCUGAAGAAAACCAUUU